AUGUAUGCCUCUGAGCCAUGCGGUGGCAUACUGGAUGCCAGUGAUGCCGGCUAUAUCACCACCCCCGGCUACCCGCUGGAGUACCCCCCCCACCAAAACUGUCGGUGGAUCAUCACAGCCCCAGAGCCCUCCCAUCCAAGCCUGUGCCUCAACUUUAACCCCCACUCGAUCGAAAAACUGGACUGCAGGUAUGACUAUAUCGAGAUCCAUGAUGGGAACUCGGAGUCGGCUGACCUUCUUGGGAAGCACUGCAGCAACAUCGCCCCGGCGCCAAUCAUAUCCUCUGGCCCCUCCCUUCACAUCAAGUUUGUGUCUGACUAUGCCCACCAGGGGGCAGGAUUCUCGCUGCGCUAUGAGAUCUUUAAAACUGGUUCAGAUUGUUCCCGUAACUUCACCAGCCCCUCGGGUCUCAUUGAGUCCCCAGGGUUCCCCGACAAGUACCCCCACAAUCUGGAGUGCUCCUUCAUCAUCAUCGUCCCUCCCAGCAUGGAUGUCACCCUCACCUUCCUCACUUUUGACCUGGAGAAUGAUCCCCUGCCAGGCGGAGAGGGCGACUGUAAAUACGAUUGGCUGGAGGUGUGGGACGGCUUACCUGGAGUGGGCCCCCUGAUUGGUCGAUACUGCGGGACCAGAGUUCCUCCUGAAAUCCAAUCAUCGACUGGCAUCCUAUCUCUGUCCUUCCACACGGACAUGGCCGUGGCUAAAGAUGGCUUCUCAGCACGUUACAACAUGACACACAAGGAAGUCAGCAAAACUUUUCACUGCAGCAAUGCAUUCGGUUUGGAGUCGGGCAAGAUCACAGACGACCAGAUCAUGGCCUCGUCAACUUUCUACGAUGACCGCUGGCUGCCGCGCCAGGCUCGGCUCAACUAUGACGAUAAUGGCUGGACACCCAACGAGGACAGCAACAAGGAGUACAUACAGGUGGACCUCCAUGUUUUGAAGGUCUACGGCAUCUCUACACAGGGUGCGGUUUCCAAGGAAACUCAAAAGUCCUACUAUGUCACAUCCUUUAAGCUUGAGGUCAGCACCAAUGGAGAGGAUUGGAUGGUCUAUCGACAUGGCAAGAACCAUAAGGUUUUCCACGCAAACUCUGACUCAACAGAGGUGGUGCUGAACCGGAUCCCGCAGCCCGUGCUGGCCCGCUUCGUACGGAUCAGACCCCAGACAUGGAAGAACGGCAUUGCACUGCGCUUUGAGCUUUACGGAUGCCAGAUCACGGAUGCUCCCUGUUCGGAGCUGCAGGGAAUGUUGUCUGGUCUUCUACCCGACUCCCAGAUCUCUGCCUCCUCUAUGAGGGACAUCCACGGCUCCAUGGGGGCGGCCAGGCUGGUGGCCAGCAGAUCUGGCUGGUUCCCCAACCCAACUCAGCCCAUAGCAGGAGAGGAGUGGCUGCAGGUGGACCUUGGGAUGCCAAAGACAGUGCGUGGCAUUAUUACCCAGGGUGCCCGGGGGCUGGAGGGCAGCAACAGUGCAGAGAACAGAGCCUUUGUAAGGAAGUACAAACUCGCACACAGCUUGACGGGCAAAGACUGGACCUACAUCCCUGACAGCAAGACAGGAUACACCAAGAUUUUUGAGGGGAACAGCCACUACGACACUCCGGAGGUGCGGAGGUUUGAUGAGAUUGUGGCCCAGUACAUCAGAAUCUACCCAGAGAGGUGGUCUCCUGCUGGGAUCGGCAUGAGAAUGGAAGUCCUGGGCUGUGACCUGCCUGAAUCCACUACUGUACCUGACACAGCCACACCCACGCUGCCUAGAGUUGAAGAGACCACGACUGUAAUGAGACUGGCCACCACGCCAUCCCUGUCAGCUGCGUGUGACUUUGAGCAGAGUCUGUGCGGCUGGUCGGCUGAUCCCAGGUCAGGGGUGAGCUGGUCCCUGCACACAGCCAACACCAAAGUUAACGGACAAGGCACACACACGUCCAGUCUGGACCUGGCGCUCGAAUCAGACGACUUUUCAGGGAACUACCUCCACCUGGACGCAAGCGCCCACACCCAGCAUCAGCGAGCCCGCCUGCUGAGCCCCGAGGUAGUUCCCGAACGGGGCCCGCUUUGCCUCCUCUUCUACUACCAGCUGCAGGGAGAGGCGCAGGCGAGCCUCCGGGUCCUGCUCAGGGACAGCGACCAGGAGGAGACACUUUUGUGGGCCCUCAAAGGGGACCAGGGCCCCCACUGGAGAGAAGGACGCACCAUCUUGCCGCAAAGCCCCAAGGAGUAUCAAGUGGUGUUUGAGGGUUCCUUUGAGCAUGGGACCAGAGGACACAUAAGGAUAGAUAACAUCCACAUGAGCAGUAACAUCGAGCUAGAGCAAUGUACACAGCCAUACCCUGCCUUCCCUCCUGACAUGACCGAUACAAGACCAAUGGACUUUGGGAAAGACAUGGUUUUCAACCAUCGACCCCAUAUAAAUGGAGGGUACAUCUUCCCCGGUUGGCCCUCCUCUUCCUCCACCCCUGCCUCUUCAGACAUAGACCCACCCUCUGUCACUCUGGUGUCGGAGAAGGACAAGGACAAUGCUUGGCUGUACUCGCUGGACCCCAUCCUGCUCACCAUCAUCGUCAUGAGCUCCCUGGGCGUGCUGCUUGGGGCCGUGUGUGCUGGCCUACUCCUCUAUUGCACGUGCUCCUACAGUGGGCUGUCCUCACGCUCCUCCACAACGCUGGAGAACUACAACUUUGAGUUGUAUGACGGGAUCAAGCACAAGGUGAAGAUAAACCAGCAGAGGUGCUGCUCCGAGGCAUGAAGAGGUGGAGUGGGGGCGGAAAUGGCCACAGGAGUAGGAAUAGCGGGGAAAGACUUCUCACCUCCACAUUCUCCCCAAUGAAAAGGGAUUGUUGUCGGAUGCAGACGAGAGAUGAGCAGCACUACCCUGUACCUCUCUCUAUGAUCUCUUCGACUUUAUCCACUGCAAAUCCUGCUUCUAUGAUGUCUAAAAAGGGGCAACAACCCCAAGUCUCCCCUACACCCCUCUCCCCCCAAUCACACCCUUGCUGUGAUGUCUAAAUGGGGAAAACUCAGCCCUGAAUUUUCCUGCUCUCUUGUGAGCCAGUGAAAACUGGUGACCUCUACCCCCCCCCUUUUUUUCCCUUUUUCUGCUAUGAAGCCUCAAUUGGGGCAACUUGGCCCAUCUCCCCUACCUAUCACAUCUCCUCUGCCUGCAGGAGAGAGCCUGCUUGAUUCUUAAAGCCUGUGAAUGAAUGAAGGAAUGAAAUAAUGAAUCAAAUGAACGACAGACCUACCAUAGAACAUAACCUACGGGCAACUGGAAUGAAGGUAAAGAGAAAAUGGAACCUGUGACAAUCUGGACAUUUGGACAGCAAAUGACAUCUCAGUCUAGGGUUGACACGUAGCCUGGGUCUUGGACUCCUGAUGAUGGAAAUGCACCCGUGACUGGUACGUUUUCAAAAUGGGUGACUGUAACUUUGCCCUCGUAGGUUUCAGUACUAAUAUGUGCCAAUGGAGAUGAUCAGGUUCACAUAGAAGUUCCUCCUUUGACUUUACCUGAAGACUCCAGCACUUCUUCUAGUGGACCAUUCUAUGUGGGUGCUUCUGACUGAAAUCAACACAUAUCAAGUGAAUGCCUAUCCCCAAAAAGAAAACAUAAAAUAAAAGAUAUGAAACAAAAUAUGAAAGAUAUGAAAGAAAAUACAUGACUUAAAUGAUUUCACAUUUCUAAAAGCAAAGAAAUAGAAAGUGAAGAAGGGCAUUUUCUUUUAUUUUGACUAUUUUUUUUCUUUAAGGAUCUAGAUAUGAGUUCUGUGUG